AACCCACAGUACAAACUCCCUCCACUAUUAUCUCUCUCUCUCUCUCUCUCUCUCUCCCGGUCAUUUCGUCGAACACCUCUCUCCCUCCCUCGUCGCCGGCAGCCCCGCCGCCGCCCACGAUGGACGUUCGCCGGCGACCUGACAAGGCCCUCGACGGCCACGUCAACACCAAGUCCAAGCAGCACCAGGACGCCGUCGCCGGCUACGCAUCGUCCCUCAAGGCGUCGGAUGCCCUGCCGCUCCCCCUCUACGUCACCAAUGCCGUCUUCUUCACGCUCUUCUUCUCCGUCGUUUACUACCUCCUCUCGCGGUGGAGGGAGAAGAUCCGCACGUCGACGCCGCUCCACCUGGUGACCCCCGCCGAGAUGGCGGCCAUCGUCGCCUUCGUGGCCUCCUUCAUCUACCUCGUCGGGUUCUUCGGCGUCGACUUCGUCCAGUCCCUCAUCCUCCGUCCCGCCGGUGAUGUGUGGACGGCAGACGAUGAAGAGGAUGAGGUCGUGGUCGCCGGGGCCGAUCACGAGAAGAUCCUCCUCAAGGAGGAUUCCCGCAGUUCGCCCUGUGGCCAGGCUCUCGACUGCACGCCAAUCGUGCACAAACCUAAGUUUGUCGAUCCGGUCGUGCAGGACGCCCCGAAAGAGAAGGUGAUUGAGGCAGUGCCCAGCGCUUUAUCCGAAGAGGACGAGGAUAUUAUCAAUUCGGUUGUCCAGGGAAAGACGCCAUCGUACUCGCUCGAGACGAAGCUUGGGGACUGCAAGAGAGCUGCUGCGAUUCGGCGCGAGGCGUUGCAGAGGAUCACGGGGAAGUCCCUCUCGGGAUUGCCCUUGGAGGGCUUCGACUACGAGUCCAUAUUGGGACAGUGCUGCGAGAUGCCAGUUGGAUAUGUGCAGAUACCAGUGGGGAUUGCUGGGCCACUGUUGCUUGACGGGAGGGAGUACUCUGUCCCGAUGGCGACCACCGAGGGGUGUCUGAUAGCGAGCACGAACAGGGGCUGCAAGGCCAUUUUCGUGUCCGGUGGCGCAGCCAGCGUCGUGUUGAGGGAUGGGAUGACCAGGGCUCCUAUCGUGAGGUUCGCCACGGCGAAGAGAGCGGCUGAUCUCAAGUUCUUCUUGGAGAAUCCCGCGAAUUUCGACAGCUUGGCCGUUGUUUUCAACAGGUCCAGUAGAUUUGCAAGGCUCCAAAACAUCAAGUGUGCGAUUGCUGGAAAGAAUCUGUACACGAGAUUCUCCUGCAGCACAGGAGAUGCGAUGGGCAUGAACAUGGUCUCGAAAGGAGUCCAGAACGUUCUGGACUUCCUCCAGAACGACUUCCCCGACAUGGACGUCCUCGGGAUCUCCGGGAAUUACUGCUCCGACAAGAAGCCGGCGGCGGUGAACUGGAUCGAGGGGCGAGGGAAAUCCGUAGUCUGUGAGGCCACCAUCAAGGGCGAUGUGGUGAGGAAGGUGCUGAAGACGAGCGUCGAGGCCUUGGUCGAGCUCAACAUGCUGAAGAACCUCACUGGCUCCGCCAUGGCUGGGGCUCUCGGAGGCUUCAACGCCCACGCGAGUAACAUUGUGGCAGCCGUCUAUAUCGCCACGGGUCAAGAUCCCGCCCAGAAUGUGGAGAGUUCUCACUGCAUAACCAUGAUGGAGGCCCUUAACGAUGGAAAGGACCUUCAUGUUUCUGUGACCAUGCCUUCUAUUGAGGUGGGUACAGUUGGAGGCGGGACUCAGCUCGCUUCCCAGUCGGCAUGUCUGAACCUGCUCGGCGUGAAAGGUGCUAACAAGGAGGCAGCGGGAGCUAACGCGAGGCUUCUGGCCACGGUCGUGGCCGGCUCUGUCCUCGCCGGUGAACUCUCUCUCAUGUCGGCUAUCGCGGCGGGGCAGCUCGUGAACAGCCACAUGAAGUACAACAGAUCCAGCAAGGACGUUACCAAGCUCUCCUCUUAAUCUAACACUACCAGUAUAAAACACAGGACAUGCGAAAGAAGAAGGAAGAGCCAUUGGAAGAGGCCUCGACUGUGUGUCUGUAACUCUGCAUAAGGCAUACCGAAAAAAAGAAAGUAGUGGGCAUAUAUAUCCAGCUCUUUAGAUCCAGGGUCGGAGGGAGGGAGAGAGAGAAGAUGAUUGUGGGAAAACGCAAGGAAAGAUUUGCAGAGCAGAAACUGGACUCAAAGAGUCAAGUUUGUAACCUGUGUUCUUUCUUUCUUUCUUUCUUUCCGUCUUUCUUUCUUUCUUCAUGUUUGUUCUGUUUUCUUUCCUGAAUUAAAAAGCAAUGUAA